CACAAUUGUAAAGUAAGUCAUUCACACAAGACAUCGUAUGGGUUUGGGUGUUGGAGUUGAAUAUCGCACAAUCGGAUUAUCGCAAUGUCCAACACCUCUUACCGUGGUCGCGGAGGACGGCGAUCUGCUAACCGCACACAAGAAAACAACCUCUAUGCAGAUGUCGCUAAGGGUGAGUCUAAAAAACAGGGCAAUGCGGCUGGUGGACCAGUUGCGUCUGGGUCGACGAACGUGUCUGGUAGCAAUCACCCGUCUAAGUCCUCACGCAAACACCACCAAGCAAACCAGGAAAAUGAUGGAUCGAAGCAACAGAACAAGAAUCAUCGGGUUUUAAACGAGGAGGAGCUUGCUUCUUUCAGGACGUCAUUUUGUACGAAUCACCAUCAAAACAAAUGCCCCAAUAGCGACUCGUGUGAAAAGAGCCAUUGCCUAACUUGGCAACGUCGUAAUCCAUAUGAGAUAUCUUAUUGUCCUCAACUAUGUCCUGAGAUUCAAUUCGUUAAGAAAUCACGCAAAAUGGUUUUAUAUCGCCGUUGUACCCGAGGUAAAAAUUGCAACUUUGCUCAUUCUAAGGAAGAGGAAUUGUAUCAUCCCCUUGUCUACAAGACAAAGCAAUGCUCGGCGUACCCAAAGUGUUCACGUUACUUUUGCCCUUUUGUUCAUUUACCUUCUGAGAUGCGUGAUGUCACCGAGUUGAAGGCUUCUGGUUUGGUUGCACCGAAUGGCUCCCAGUCUACACUAAGUAAGGAACCUCAACCACAACAGGACGGCGUGACCACUGAGCCUGUUCAAGAGGGGGACUACGUAGCUCCGGGGGCGGGUACCAAAUCCGAAGAGGUGGUUGCAGGUAUGUGGUAUGAGCCUCCUAGCCUGUCUGCCAUUUGCGGUUAUGAUGAUGUAACCUUCAAGAAUCUGUAUGGGUAUGGAUGUGCGUCAUUUGCACAAGUACCGACUGAUGAAUAUGCUGCCGAUUUUGAUUUACAGAACUGUGUGGCAUGGCAGCCUUUAUCAUCUGGUAAUAACUUCGAUGGUCCUCUGAUGGACCAAUUUGUUGACUCUACUAGGUAUGGAGUCGGCGGCGAUUUUGAUCAAGUUGGCGAAAACCAACAAUUCACAGAGGGUCUGGGAGGUCAAUUUGUACAAUUUUCGGGUAAUGAUCUUGAAGAUCAAUUCGGUACACUUUCACUUCGGAAAACCCCCGAGGAUACUUUAGAGAGUUACCCACUGAACGACAUGUUGGUGAAAUUUAUGAGUGAUAUUGGGGACAAAUAAU